AUGACGGCUCUGGUCUACAGUCUCCUGGACGGCACUAGUCUCCCCAUUCCCGCAAAAGCAAAAGUAGCGUGGCUGAAAAGUGCUUUGUAUGCCAUAUGCUUUCAGGGACAUAAAGGGCCAAGCGCGACUGCAGUGCAGGAUCGAUUUCGUGCAGCGAUAGAUGCCGUGCCGGACGAGUUCGUGGAGGUAAGUCUGCUCCAUUCGUUUAUUGGGACAUGUAUGACCGAGUGGGAAGUGCUCAAUGGAAACUUUGAUGGUGCGGCGGGCGAUCCCCUGUUUGGGUUGGUAGUUAAAGGGGAUGUGGAAGGUUUGACAGCGACGUUGAGCGUUCAUAGGGCCCUACUACAGAGGAGGAAGGACGGCUAUACUUUGCUUCAUGUGGCGGUAGAUUACUGCCACGAGCAAAUAAUACGCGGUACAGACGUCAAUAUUGUUAUGUUGUUGAUGUUCGCGAUCCAGAAUACUGAUUUUCGUUCGCCAGAACUCAUCCAAAAGUUCAGCGUCUCCCCGAACGUCUUGUCAGACUGCGGCACGACCCCAAUAGAGGUGGCCGCGCUCACAGGCAGCAUCGAGUGUCUUCGUCUUUUACUAUCGCUCGGCGCCGAACCCCGGCCACUUGCAGAACAAGACCUGUUCACGACCGUCGCGAUGACGGGCGCACGGGAAUCUGCGCAGCACUCUCCAGCAGCCAACAUCCGAACACUGCUUUCCCUGAUAUGUGGUGUUGUUGAGAGCAACCACUUGGACGAAUCCACGUCCGGCAAAGAAGCGCAGGAUGUUACUGCUGCUGUGGCAGUGCAAACCCUACUGGACGGCCGGUACGGCGUCAAGGUCGACGACCUCGCAGCCUGCGGGUCUCCACUGGAACUCUGCAUCUCCGUCUCAAACUACACCUCGGUGUUUUCGCUGCUCAGCCUGGGCGCGGAUCCGAAUGCCUUUAACUACCACCGGGAGCCGGUCCUAGCGGCCCUGCUGUUGGCCUAUGGCGCGGAUCCGAACGGAAGAGCGCGUGGCGACUACGACCAAGACACGCCACUGCACCAGGUGGAUACAACAUCGGUUACCGCCUUCUACGACCCGCCGCGCAACCGGGUCGCUACCUAUGCUGAACGCGUGGCAGAUGCUGUUGAAGCCGUCGAUACGGAGAGCGACGCCGCCGUCGCGGCGAGGGCCAAAGCCUGCAUUGCCGUGUUGCUUUUCGGGGGUGCCGAAAUCGAGGCAAGAGACGCCAAGGGGCAUACACCCCUCAGGAGACGGGUGGUGGAUAGGGAUCUCGGCACGGCGGAGUACUUGAUCAGUCAGGGCGCGGAGAGCGAGGACUGCCAGUUCCGGGAUCAGCAGGAUUGCAUAGGCGAAGACGAUGCCCCAAGCUGA